ACUGCGGAAAAGGGGGACUGGGUGGGGGGCUGGGCCCUGGACUGCCUGGUGCUGGUGACAGAGUCUGAAGCAGCAUGUGGCCCAGGCGGAACACGUGGCCUCAGAUGGGGAAGGGGCUGAGUGCUCUGUGCUGGGAGGCUGGGUCAUGUCUGCACCUGCCCAUCGCCUGGCAGAUUGGCAAGGCCUGUGCGUGGGAGGCAGCCGGCAGCAGUGCCAUGUGCUGACGCCUCACAGCCAGACUCCCUGUUUAGUGCUGAUUAUUAGAACCACCCCCAGAACCUCAGUUAAGCAAAGGGGUUUGUUUCCAUGGAGACAGGCAUCCUUUCUCCAUGGCAACCUGAAAUCCCAAAACCCCAGUAAGGCUCAGGAAUGAGUCAUCUGUGACCAGUAGGAGGCGCUCUUUCACAAGGUUGACCCCAAGGUGGACAGUGGAGCAACUGAGCACAGACUUUAAAGGCGUCCCAAGGGCAGGAGGCUUGGGCCGAGAGGGAGGAGACAGGCCCUACUUAACCCCUCCUUUCCCACCCGUGGUCUGAGGCAGCUGCUUCGGGAAGCUCUGUACAGAGGCGGCAGCCCUGCAGCUGGGGCCCUCAGAGUGGCACUUCCAUGGGAAGGAUCCCUGUCCCCCAAGACUGGGCCCGGAACACAGGAAGUGGCGCUGCCCAGGCCGAGUGGACACCGAAGAGUUAACUGGCGGGCGUGACAGGGCGCACCGCCCUCAGGAAGUGUUACUCACCAGCGGGAAUGCUCCUGCCUUGGGGGCUGGACUGUCUUCCUGAGUCCCAGAAGUACCCAAGGAGCUCCCGCCAUGGACACCCCUGGGGAGCCAGGAGCAGGGCCUCUCGGAGCCCCCAGCCCUUCGAACGCCUCCGCGCCUGGGCACCUGGAGAGAGAAAAGCCAGCCCAGGACCCCAUGUACGACGUGCCCGAUGCCAGCGGGGGGCGGACAGGUGGGCCCCAGCGGCCAGGGCGCACUGUGAGCCUGCGGGAGCGCCUGUUGCUCACGCGGCCCGUGUGGCUGCAGCUGCGGGCCAACGCAGCCGCCGCGCUGCACGUGCUGAGGACCCAGCCCCCGGGGACAUUCCUGGUGCGGAAAUCCAACACUCGCCAGUGCCAAGCUCUGUGCGUCAGGCUGCCUGAGGCCAGUGGCCCUUCCUUCGUGUCCAGCCACUACAUCCAGGAGAGGCCUGCGGGCAUCUCGUUGGAGGGAUCUGAGCUCGUCUUCCCGGACCUCGUCCAGCUCAUCUGCGCCUACUGCCACGCCCGGGACAUCCUGCUGCUCCAGCUCCAGCUCCCUAGAGCCAUCCGACAGGCAGCCACCCACAAGGAGCUGGAAGCCAUCUCCCAUUUAGGCGUCGAGUUCUGGAGCUCCUCCCUCAACACCAAGGCUCAGCCAGGCCCCUCCGAAGGCCCGCUGCUGCCCCGGCUGAAGCCCCGGUCCCCACAAGAGCUGGACCAGGGCACCGGGGCCGCCCUGUGCUUCUUCAACCCCCUGUUCCCAGGGGAUCUGGGCCCCACCAAGCGGGAGAAAUUCAAGAGGAGUUUCAAAGUGCGGGUAUCCACAGAGACCUCCAGCCCCCUGUCUCCACCCGCUGUGCCACCUCCCCCGGUGCCAGUGCCGCCAGGGGCAGCCCCCAGCCAGACAGAAAGGAUGCCCCCUCGACAGCUGCUGAGGAGGGAGAGCUCAGCGGGGUACCGUGUGCCCGGGGGAGCCAGCCCCAGCCUCCCUCCCCUGCCCUCCCUCCAGGAGGUGGACUGUGGCUCCCCCAGCAGCUCCGAGGAGGAGGAGGGGAUGCAGGGGCAUCAGGGGAGUCCAGCAACCUCACCCCGCCUGAGUCUCAGGAACCGCAGGCGGCCUUUGCUUCGGUCCAUGAGCUCUGCCUUCUGCUCUCUGCUGGCACCCGAGCGGCAGGUGGACCGGGCGGCCUCGGCGCUGAUGCAGGACCGCCACACAGCUGUGGGCCAGCUGGUCCAGGACCUACUGACCCAGGUGCGGGCCGGCCCGGAGCCCCAGGAGCUGCAGGGCAUCCGUGAGGCGCUGAGCAGGGCCCAGGCCAUGCUGAGCGCCGAGCUGGGCCCUGAGAAGCUGCUGCCGCCUAAUAGACUGGAACGCGUCCUGGAGAAGUCCCUGCAUCGCUCGGUGCUCAAGCCUCUCCGGCCCAUCCUGGUGGCCCGACUGCGGCGCAGGCUUUCGGCCGAUGGCUCCCUGGGCCACCUGGCUGAAGGCUUCCGCCUGGCCCGGGCCCAGGGCCCUGCAGCCUUCGGGUCCCGCCUGAGCCUGCCCUCCCCGGUGGAGACGGAGCAGGUGCGCCAGAAGCUGCUGCAGUUACUCCGCACCUACUCACCCAACGCCCAGGUCAAGCGGCUCCUGCAGGCCUGCAAGCUGCUCUACACGGUCCUGAGGACCCACCUGGGAGAGGGCGCGGGGGCCGACGAGUUCCUCCCGCUGCUGAGCCUGGUCCUGGCCCAUUGCGACCUUCCUGAGCUGCUGCUGGAGGCCGAGUACAUGUCAGAGCUGCUGGAGCCCACCCUGCUCACCGGCGAGGGCGGCUACUACCUGACCAGCCUCUCCGCCAGCCUGGCCCUGCUGAGCGGCCUGGGCCAGGCCCACAAGCUGCCCCUGAGCCCCUCACAGGAACUGCAGCGCUCCCUCAGCCUCUGGGAGCAGCGCCGCCUGCCCGCCACCCACAGCUUCCAGCAUCUCCUCCGAGUAGCCUACCAGGACCCCAGCAGUGGCUGUACCUCCAAGACCCUGGCCGUGCCCCCAGGGGCCUCGAUUGCCACCCUGAACCAGCUCUGUGCCACCAAGUUCCGAGUGACCCAGCCUGACGCUUUCGGCCUCUUCCUGUACAAGGAGCAGGACUAUCACCGCCUGCCCCCCGGAGCCCUGGCCCACAGGCUGCCCACAACUGGCUACCUCGUCUACCGCCGCCAGGCAGAGCGGCCCGAGACACUGGGGGCCUCACUUGGGGGUGCCACGGAGGAGGGCAGCGGGGAGCCAGAGGCAGGAGGCAGGGAGGAGAAAGGGGGCAGGGAGAUGGGGAUAUCGAAGUCAAAGCCAGUCCCUGUGACAACUGCUAAGCAGGAGGAGAGCCAGGUCAGGGGAGGCCCUGCUCAGCCAAGUGCACUGGAGGCUGAGGGGGGCCAGGCAGCAGAGGAGUAGCUGGGAGUGGCCCGAGGGGCAUUUGGGGCCGAAAACUCUGAGCCUGCUGGGAAGGCCUUUCAGAGCCCUCACGCUCCCCCUGAGCCCUCACAGGAGCUGCAGCCUCCCUCAGCCUCUGGGAACAGCACAGCCUGCCACGCCUCUGAUAAUCAUCUCUGACCAUACCCGCUGGGGGAGUGCCUGGACUGGCUACAUCUGUGCCUCUGAUAAUCAUCUCUGACCAUACCUGCUGGGGGGGUGCCUGGACUGGCUACAUCUGCGGCAUUGGAGUAAAGUUGAGGGGCAUGGGGGACCCCAGACCAAGG